AUGGGGUGUUGGCUGUUGAAGAGGUUCUUGAAUUCAACGAGGUGCCCGAUGAACAACGAGUCUCUUUGGUGGUACACACAUUCUGCGGAAGAGUUGGAAAAAGAAUCUGUGGAUGGAGAGUUUCAGGAGUCUGAAUUCAUUAAUGAAGAGUUCCGACAUGAAGAUGUUGAAGAUCAUUUGCAAGGAUUUGUGGCUUGGGAUUCACCACCAACCUAUGAUGAGAAGCCCAAAAAAGAUGAUUCAUGGGAAGAGGAAAAACCCCUGGAGGAGCACGAAGAAGAUAGGUUUUAUCUCAUGUUUGACGGCCUCUACCCCGAAGAAGAUGACCAAUUGGAUGGAGAAGAAUGCGAAGAAGAUGGUUUUUUUCCCAUAUUUGACGGCCUCUACCCCGAAGAUGAUCAAUUGGAAGAGGAAGAGCCCACGGAUGACAUCGCUGAUUAUGAAGAGGGUGGUGAAGACCUUUUAGGUGAAGCGCCUAAUUUUAAUGGUGAAGAGCUAGCUCUAGCCAAAUUUUUCAAUCUACUUCUGCUUUUUUCAAAUAUAGCUAGAGUUCCGUCUUAUGUGAUGCUAAGAAUCGCAAAGCAUGAGGAUGCACCUCCUACCGUUGCAUAUCACUGGUUGGAUUAUGGAGAUGAGAUUCUGAGAGGAUUGGAGGAUUGCAACAUCAACAAGAAGAAUGGUCACAUUUUUCCAAGCUUCAUCUUGACCCAAUAUUCCUUGUUACGGCUAGAUUUGUCCGUAAACUCAAUAGAGGGAAGCAUACCUUGUCAGCUGUUGUUCAACACGAAUAUCACGUAUUUAUCCUUGAGAAGCAACAAAAUCGAUGGUUCUUUUCUUGAUUGUGUUGCUAAUCAAACUUCGUCACUUACGGUUCUUGACAUAUCUAAUAAUUAUGUCAAAGGUCGUCUUCCUGAAAAUAUUGGACAUCUUCUUCCAAGCUUACUUCAAGUUAACAUGUCCUCAAAUGCAUUACAAGGCAAAAUUCCAUGGUCAUUUGGUAAUCUGUCUUUGGAAAUAGUAGAUCUUUCUAACAACAUGUUCUCAGGAACAAUACCACAAAGUUUGACUAGAAAUGGAAGCCACGUGGCAUAUCUAAAUCUAUCAAACAAUAAGUUGCAAGGAGAAAUGCUCCCAAGGAACUCCAACAUGACAUGGCUGGAGACUUUACUACUUGGCGGCAAUCAUUUUGAAGGAGUCAUCUCACCCACGAUAUCAAACAGUCCCUCUUUGGAAAUAUUAGAUGUUCGAAACAAUCACUUGUCUGGUAGUAUUCCAAAGUGGUUGUAUGAUCGUCCUAGAUUGGCCAUAAUUCUUUUAGGUGGAAAUCGCUUUGAAGGUCACCUACUCCGACAAAUGUGUCAAAUGGAAAGGUUGCGAAUUUUCGAUAUCUCUAAUAAUCAUGUUUCAGGUCGAAUUCCCACCUGCCUUGAUAACAUUACAUUCUGGAAGAAGAUGUCUCCAACCGGAACAUUUGUAAAUGGACUUGCACAUGCAGAUGAAAUGCAAGUUGAAAUCGGAGCGUCAUGGCAAAUAAAAAAUGCGGUAUAUAAUUUCAAAGGUAUACCGCUAUGGUUGAUUACUGGAAUUGACAUGUCAUCCAACCAAUUGACAGGUAGCAUUCCUUCUAAAAUGGGAGACUUGUCACAGAUUCGAUUUUUGAACUUGUCAAAUAAUUUCUUAACAAGUCCCAUUCCGAUUUCUUUCCAAAACUUGAAAAACGUGGAGAGCUUGGAUCUUUCUCACAACAAUUUGAGUGGGAAAAUCCCUUAUGAAUUGGUUGGACUCACCUCUCUAUCUACAUUUAGUGUUGCAUAUAACAAUCUUUCAGGAAGAAUCCCAUUUGAACGACAAUUCUCAACUUUUGGGAUGCAAUGCUAUGAUGGUAAUCCAGAUCUUUGUGGAGACCCUCUACCAAGGAAUUGCUCAACCACAAAUGAGCUUGAACCUGAGCAUAACAGUCAAAGUAAGGACAAAGAAGAAGAGACUAGAAUAAUUGAUAGCCAUUUAUUCUUCUAUGCAUUUGUUGCUGUCUCUUAUGCAUUUGGAUUUUGGGUUUUUUUCGGAAUCCUAAUCUUGAAUAAGAAUUGGAGGCAUAACUAUUUUAGAGCCGUGGAUAGAUUUAUUGAGUCUUUUUUUGAAAUGCUUUCCAAGUAUUGGUGA